AUGAGUGUUUAAAUCAAAUAUUUAUUUUUCUAAUAUUUUCAUGAUAUGUGUAUGAAAAUCUUCUUGACUUAUAAAAUUAAUAAAUAUUUCAUAAAAAUAAUGAAACUUUAAUGAAAUAGCGAAAUUUUAUUUAGAAUUAUUUGUAUACAGAAAUAAUUUGAAUGUUCCGCGCCAUUUUCUUCGUUUUUACUUCUGGAAUGAUACAAGCACGUUGAUUGGUUGCUGGAGAAACUUGCAAUAGAGUCUUGUUAGUCGUUUCUGCUGUGCUAUCGCGGUAGGUUUUAUUAAGUGUUGUGUGUUUUUUCUACAUUUCUUUUAUAAAUGUGCAUGAAAGAAAUUUAAUGUAAUGGUACAAGAUAGAUAAAUAUCGAAUAGUAUGAGACAUAUAUUGUUUUCACAGCACAUACAAACCACUUGUACUCUGAAGUGUUCAACUAUAACCUCUCUCUAACGGGAGACAGCUAAGUGACUACGAAAUCAUAAGAUUUGAAUUUUGGUAAGAAUACCAUUUCAUCAUGUUUGUUUAACUUUUUUUUGCAUAUGAGUUAUUUUUUAUUAUAAGUAUACUUGCGUAUAAUCGUAAUUAGAAUGUAUUGUAGUUUUGAUUGAAGCAGCCUUGUCACAAUUGGACAACUGGGGAAGAGAGUUACUACAUCAAUACAUUAAAAUUUUACGUCAUGUGCAUAUUCACACAUCUAUGUAAACUGACUAGGAAUGUUUAUUUAACACUCGAGCUAUUUUACAUUGUAUAAUUAGAUGCUUGAAUGACCAAGUCUCACGUACUUUACGUAACAAAAAAAUUAUUUUUCAAAAGUAUUAGUUUUCAAUAAAUUUCUUCAUACAAUUAUAUAUUUUUUGAUUUUCUAUAAAAUUAGCAAAAUCUAGGGUAGAAACUAUAAAUAACAAGUAUUAGUAUCGUUAUUGUUGAUUUCACAAUAUGUAUGUUUGGUAUUUCCUCGAAAAGGAUUACGUGACACAAGACAAAUUUUUUAUGAUUAUUGCAUCAAACUAAACGCUUAAUUUUGCGGUGACUUUUAAUUCACUAAUAAUUAGUGAUUUUCAUAAAAAUUUUAAUUGCUCGCGUUUCUAUUGUAUCAAAAUUCAUUUAUUCGAGUUACGUUUCAAUAAUGUAAUCCAGCUUUAAAGCGAUGUAAUACCUGGCGGAACAAAGAGCAUGAAUGUAUACCAGGCCUUAAAUAUCUUAGUCUCGGCUUCACAAAUGAGCAUAUUUUGCACUGUCUCUAUUACUUAACAUCCGUCCAACUUUCUAUUCUCACUUUCGCGCUCAUUUGUUCACGCUCGUCCGCGUUGAAUUACGCCCACAUUCGAUGCUAAUUAUUUUUUAUUGUGAAUUAAGACUACACUGGCUUGAAACACAAUUGAAUUACACAUCUAGUAUAAAUUGCUCUCAUAUUCAUUAUCAUGAUUGUGGUAAUUAAUUAAUGAUACUUAUAAUAUAUUUAAAUGGUGUUUUAGAAGAGAUGGAAAAAAAUAAGGGUUUCGCCAGUGGAAGUACUCAACCUUCAGCCCCACCACCAUCAGCACCUCCAUCUUAUGAAGAGGCUGUUGAAAAUGCAGCUGGCAUAUCUCGACAACCAAAUAUUCCACCAUAUCCAGUAGGACCAUCUUCUAUGCCAGUCCCAACUCAUAAUCAGCCGCCGAAUCAGACAACAGUGCCAUAUCCACCGAAUUAUUUAGGGCCCAGUGAACCACCGUCGCAAUCGCAAACGCAGUAUAGUGCAAAUCCAAAUACGGCUCCUCCGCCGGAGUUCCGAGUUGUUUAUCAGCCAGUAAUUUAUUCCUUGAGCCCAAAUCCAACAAAAACGACCUGCCCGACGUGUCACACCAGCAUUAAAACUACUACGAUAUCAGAUCAUCAACCAAGCGCUCAUCUAUGCUGUAUCGUGCUCUGCUUACUUGGGUGAGUGUAUUUAAAGUAUUUGCUUCGUUGUUAUUAAUGCUUGUUCUAAAUUAAUUUUUACUUUUAAAUUAAUUUAUUUCUGGAUUAACGUUUUGUGUUUUGUCACGAUGAUUUUAAUGAAAAUCCAAUUUCUUAUUUCGGCUGUAUGCUUUAUGUAUGCUAGAAACACUUGCAAUUAUUCAAUAAUUUCGUUUGUCGCAAUCGGUUUAGUAGGUCAUGUAUGUAUAUAUGUCUCUUUUUAUUGUCGGUCUUGGUUUUGUUUGUUGUUUCCUGCCUUGUGAUUGCUCAACUUUCAGGGGCACUGCUUUAUGAAUAUUUGGUUUCGCUUACGGUUAUGCAGAUUUCUGAUUGAAUUCACUUUGUCAGUGGAAAUAUUUAUUUUGUCUAUACAUUAUAUAUAUAUAUAUAUAGCAUGUGGGUUUUGCAUACUAAGGACAAGGUUUUUGUUCGUGCCUGGAAUAUACUGGUUUCAUGUUAAUGUAUCUGUCUGAUAGAUCAUAGAAAAUCAAUUCUGACUAAUGCUCUUUCAAAUUUCAGAUGUUGCCUUUGCUCAUGUCUGCCAUAUUGUAUGAGCAACUUCAUGAGUGUCCAUCACUUUUGUCCGAAAUGUAAAAAUUAUAUUGGUACGUGGAAGGGUUGAGCUAAGCCUGAGCUAUGCUGACACAUAUACUUGUAUAUUGUUACGCGGUCUUUUAUGUAAUCGUACACAGUGUAAUGUUAUGGGGAAUAAGCAACUUCCCUGCUUGUCGCAUUUUGCGUUAAGAGAAAGAGCUAUUUGACGAGAUUGUCACAGAUCAUAUUACAAGAUAAUUAUUAUAUAUAUAUAUUAUAUAUAUAUAUAUAUAUAUAUAUAUAUAUAUAUAUAUAUGUGUGAUGCUUAUUCCUUGCGAGAUAAGAUAUGAAUACAAUCUGUUACAUGUGAAUAGUUUCGAAUACUUGUAGAUUCCAUGUUGAUUCAUAUGUGAAACGAUGUGACCGAGUGCGUACGUGUGCUGUUUAUAGAUAGUAUGCAAUAAUAUAAAGAUAUUUUCGAGCGUUGAACCUGUGAGCAGUAUUGUUCUCACUUACAUUUGUCAUAUUCCGUAUAGCCUUAGGAAGAUCUUUUUAGGAAGAAAGAAAGAAAAGAUAAAAAAUUCAUCUGAAACGCAGGAAAGUCAUUCUCUUGCUUUUUUCAAUGUGUUUCAUUAGUGAGUAAGAAAGAAGAGAACUAUUAGUUGAGACUGAGUAUAGAAUGAAGGUUGUUCCAUCUCCUGUUUGCAACAAUAUUCGGAUAUUCUUAUUCUCGUAUUUUAUUGGUGCUUCCGGAACUUUAAGUGAAACGAAUUCCUGCAUUAUAAUAUUACAUAUAUAAUAUACAUAAAUUAUUGGCUAAACUUCGUUGGAUACUACUUUUUAAAAAAAUGUUUUUUUGCAUGAGUCGAUAGUAAUUGAUAAACAUAACGAUUUUGAGUAUUAGAAUUCACACUGGUUCAAAAAUUAUAUCUUGUUAAAGUGUCUCCCUUUACAAUUUAAUGAAUGAAUGAAUAAAUAAAUUUCGCUUCGUUAAUCUUUGAAAUAAUGUAAAAAUAUGAAAUAUUUUUAGCUAUCUCCUCGGCGGCCAAGAAAAUAUAA